AUGGGGGGGUUGAUGGUGGUAGUUAGUGGUAAGAAAAUAGCAGAUAGUGUUGGUAUUGAAUUGCAAAAAAAAAGAACAACUACAAAACAAACUCAAAGAGCUAAUCCAAUUAUUCAAGAAAACUCAAUUGAACAAUACUAUCGGAUCACAGUGUUCUUACCAUAUGUUGAUUAUUUUAUUUCCCAACUUACUGAACGAUUUAUAAACCAUAAAAAUAUUUUUGAAGGGUUUGAUUGCAUUUUUAAAACAGAAGCACUUCCAAUUAAAUUGAAGGAUAGAGAAGAAUUUACUAAACUUAAAGACUUUUACUCACCUGUAAUUGACCCUUGCUCUAGUUUGGCUGAAUUAAAUAUGUGGAGAACUAAGUUAGUUAUAGAACACAUUGUUCUCAGAUCAGGCCUACAGGCACUUGAGAUUUGUGAUGAAGAGUUCUAUCCAAAUAUAAAUAUGCUUUUAAAAAUCUUCUGCACCCUUCCAGUGUCAACAGCUACUCCUGAGCGUUCAUUCUCUUGUUUAAAAAGAAUAAAGUCUUACCUCAGGAAUAGCAUGAAAGAGACUAGACUUAAUGGGUUGGCUAUGCUUUCUUGUCACAGAGAGGUCAAAAUUACAACAGAUGAAGUAAUUGAUGAGUUGUGCUUUAUUUUAUAA